AUCCACCCCGACUAUACUUUUGUACAAUACAGUGUGCAACGGUCAAACCACUUCGCAUAUACCGUAUAGAAGUUGAAUGUUCUCCUUGGAUCACAUAUUUAGACAGACCAAUUUUGACAUCCCAUACCUAGGAGUCGCAACUACCCCUCCUCGCCGCGGGGUAAAGCAGUCAUCAUGCCCUUCUCCCACCACAGCCACUCGGGCCAAUUCUGCCCCGGCCACGCCAAAGACUCUCUGGAGGAGAUCAUCCAACUAGCCAUCCAGAAACGCUUCCACACCUUCUGUCUCACAGAGCACAUGCCCCGACACAAGGAGGACUUCUACCCUGAAGAGAUCGAAGCCGGCAACACCGAAGAGGCCCACUUGGCCAACGAAAAAGCCUACUACGCCGAAGCCACCCGCCUACGCACCAAGUACAGCACGGCCGACAUCAACAUCCUGAUCGGCUUCGAGAUCGACUGGAUCCGCCACCCGGGCUCUCUCACGCUCAUCCAGCAGUCGCUGGCGGCCCACCCCUUCGACUUCUUCAUGGGCUCGAUCCACCACACCUGCACCGUGCCCAUCGACUACGACCGCGCCAUGUACGAGCAGGCCCGCGCCGCCGCCGGCGGCACCGACGAGCGCCUGUUCGCGGCCUACUUCGACGAGCAGCUGGCGAUGCUGCGGCAGGUACGGCCGCUGGUCGUCGGGCACUUCGAUCUGAUCCGGUUGAAGAGCGACGAUCCCGACGGGAGUCUGCGGCGGUGGGGGGCGCAGCCCGCGGGCGAUGGGGUCUGGGCGAAGGUGCGCCGUAAUCUGGCGUUCGUGGCGGAGUACGGGGGUCUGCUGGAGGUGAAUUCGGCGGCGUUGCGGAAGGGGAUGCGCGAGCCGUAUCCUAUGGGGGAGAUUUGUCGGGAAUUCCUCGCCCUCGGCGGCCGCUUCGUGCUCUCGGACGACAGCCACGGGCUGGACCAGGUAGGGCUGAACUACCACCGCGUGCUGCCGUGGCUCGAGGCCGUGGGCAUCACGACGGUGCAUUAUCUGGCGUUAUCGGGUGAGGACGACGAUAAGGCCGGGAUCGUCGAUCCGCGGUUCCCUCGCACGCGCGUGCUGGGCAUGUCGGUGGAGGAGAUGAAGAAGCUGCCGUUCUGGGAGGCCAACGCUACUGCAGCCUGAUUUUUGUGUCUGCAUGCAGGGGAUUUGCUUUUUUUUUUUUGGGGUGUGAUACAUGGAGG